AUGGGAUGUCGUGAGGAGCAUAAGUUGGUUUAUGCCACCUAUACGUUGGGAGGAGAAGUAGAGGACUGGUGGAGGUUUGCCAGUCAAACUCUGCCACAAGAAGAAGGGUACAUUCACUGGAAAGCUUUUAAGGCAUGUUUCUUAGGAUACUAUUUCCCUAGAGACUUAAAGAAACAAAAGGCCUGGGAAUUCAUUGAGUUGAAGCAAGGAAAUAUGUCUGUGGAGAAAUAUGCUGCGAAAUUCCAUGAGCUGACUGAUUUUCCAACCUUGAUAAGCAAAUGCCGAAUCUUUGAGGCCAAUUCCAAAGGCAAGACCAUAGAUAGCCAGAUUGGAGGACUAGUGAGACAAGACCCAAGGCUUCCAAGGUUUCCUAAAGGGCCUUACUCUAGUGCUAAUCAGUCUCAGUCAAGGGGGACUGCAUUUCGUGGAGGUAGUAGUAGUGGUUCUAAUCUUUCAAGAGGACUGUUGAGAUAUUUUAGAUGUGGAGGACCUCAUAUGGUGAGAAAUUGCUCCCAGCCACCAUCAACUUAUGGUAUUUGUGGGAAGACGAGGCACUCAGCGAAUAACUGUUGGUUAGCUUCUCAACAGAGUAGGAGUGUAAGUGGAAGCAACAGACCUACAUCCAGAGCAAGUAGUGGAAUGAAACCGAAUGUGCAAGGCAAGGUUUUUGCCAUGAGUAGAUCUAAGGCGUUCAAGUUUGAUGAAUUGAUUAGAGGUAAAUGCAUCAUUAAUGUUAGACUUUGUGAUGUCUUGUUUGAUUCUGGUGCCACGUAUUUCUUUAUUUCUAUGGAUUAUGUGAACUGUGUUGGGUUACCAAUAUCUUCCCUUGCAUGUAAUGUUGUUGUGUCCACUUCUACAGCUAAGUCUGUUGUAACUUCUUCUGUAUGCUUAGGCUGCUCUGUAAUGGUUCAUAGUAGGAAUUUUUGUAUAGACUUAAUCUGUUUACCGCUUUCUCAACUUGAUGUUGUUUUGAGCAUGGAUUGGCUAUCAUCCAAUCGUGUUCUGUUAGAUUGUAAGGAGAAAGUUUUAAUUUUUGAUGAUGAUACACUGGGAAACUCUAAACUCCUAAGUAUGAGUGAAGCGAGAAACACAGUUGAAACUAAGGCUUUCAUGGUAUUGUUCUCUGCUGAGAUUGAUAAGACCAUGAAAGCUGAGUAUAUUCCAAUAUUGCAAGAUUUUCUGGAGGUUUUUCCAGAAGAUGUAACAAAAUAG